CCAGCCCAGCCAAUGCCAGGUCUCUGGCUCCAGCAGGGGAGGAAGAAAAAGAAAGAAAAAAGUGAACCCUCCUUCCUCCCUAUAAUCCAUUGGCGCUCCCCGUCCCCAUGGCAAUUUUGGUUAUCAGAGAUUGAACAGUGAAUAGGGUGCUUUGACGUAUAUAACCUUCGCCUCCGCUCUUACCUUCGAUUGCCUUUUCACAGUCCUUCCCAUCAAUUACCAACGACCCUCGUUCGUGAGGUCCGAGUUUCUUUCAACAUCCACCGCCCCGGUGACGCAAUUCCCCCAAUUUUUUCCCCCCAGACACCUCCCACCACCACCAACAUCAGGAAUUGAGCUCUGGUAAACUUCCUCCGCCAUCCGUGAAAUGCCCUAGAGUAUUAAAUGGUGUUGUUGGGUUCUUCAGAUUCGAGGUGAAUGUCUUUGUCCUCGUACCCACGAAGAGGUUCUACCAUCGCGGGGGUGCCACUCCCCGAAGAGGACACUAUGCAACGGGAGCCCGACGAAGAAACGGGAUUGCUACUACCCCAUGGCCCUCGGAAUGCCCAAUCAGACUAUUCGCUCACCUCUCGGUCCCCGCCAUCCCCGCCGACUCUCCUGGGGAAGCAAAAUUCUCGCUCUUUCUUUCACAGUUCAUAUCAUAACCACCACUUGCACGGUAGGUUACUGGCUCUUUCCCAAUAUAUUUCCAUUGAUGCCUUGCCUAACAGAAGCAUGCAAGUAGACCCUGACAAAAUCACAUGGCCACAAUAUACUUCCUCCCUAGGAGUUCGAGAUCAAACGGCCGAGCUGGCCACGCUAGCGCUGUCGGAUGCCGGCUCGGUGCGCGGUAGCCCGCCUCCUCGACCCCUGUCCUCUUCAUAUCCCGACACUGGCCUCAUCUAUACGGUGGAGGGAAGUUCGAAUAGAACGGGGGUUAUAGUUGAGGUCGCAGAACCCUCGUCUGAGAGCGAAACCCCAACCAAUAUCCCUGGGAAGUCCUACUUAACACACCUCCUGCGGAACUCACCACCGGAGACAGAUUCAGAACCAGAGACGGAGCCGGAGGAACGGCAGGGUCACGACGUUACCAACGAUGGUCAGAAUAGCCCAGUUACAGAUGAUCCCUCGGCGCCCGAUAAUGCAGAAGGACCAGCGCGAACUCCGAAGAUACCCCCUGCGGGAGAUGACGCAGGAUUAUAUGACGCCGUUCAUCAGCCUAAUGGUGAUGUUGCCACUUAUCAUGGUUAUGGUGCAGUGCCCGGAGUGAAUGUGAUAAGAGCCAUAACAUGGCCGACCGAGAAAGGGUUGGAUGCCGUGAAGAGCAUGUUGCACAAACGGAAGAUGUGGAGGAAACAGGAUAUUUGGGAAAUUGCAGUCAAACCGGUAGGAUAUCUUCCUGCUGUGUUACUGGGGCUAUUGUUGAAUGUGCUGGAUGGGUUAUCUUAUGGUGAAUAUUUUAUGCGCAACCCCUACUGUAAUACUGGAUGCCGGGAGCUAACCGGGUUACAGGAAUGAUUCUAUUUCCCCUUGGACAGAGUAUUUUUAGUGACCUUAGCCCGGACGGCUUGUCAAUAUUUUAUGUGAGCUGUAUAGUAUCGCAGUUGGUGUACUCAUGCGGAGGCAGUAUCUUCAAGGGUGGCAUUGGUUCCGAAAUGGUUAGUUGCCGGGCCCCACCAAUGGAUACCAAGCGCUUGUCUCGUAUAGCAACUAAACAAUGUCCCACCCGAUGCUAUUGCUAACAGUUAAUAGAUUGAAGUUGUACCAUUCUUCCACAAGAUGGCCUUUACGAUUCUCAAUCAGGUUGGAGAAGAUAGACCCAAGGCUGUCAUAGCAACAACUAUAUUGUCUUACUCUCUUAGCUCAAUUCUCACUGGCGUCGUGUUCUUUGCACUUGGAUAUCUCAAACUUGGCUCCCUCACCGGAUUCUUUCCUCGUCACAUUCUGGUAGGCUGUAUAGGUGGGGUAGGAUGGUUUCUCAUUGCGACUGGCCUCGAAGUGUCAGCCAGAUUGGACGGUAACCUCAGCUACAAGCUGGAGACUCUCCAACUUCUUCUGGAACCCGCUACCCUGGUGCUCUGGACGGUUCCCUUAUCUCUUGCGAUAAUACUAAUUAUUAUCCAACGUUUCAUCAAACACCCUUUAAUUGUCCCGCUAUAUUUUCUAAGUAUACCCGGCGUGUUCUACCUUGUAGUAUUAGCUGUCCCCGACCUUGGUAUUGCCCCCCUGCGAGAUCAAGGCUGGGUUUUUGAGCUUCCGCAAGCCGGAGUACCCUUUUAUCAUUUUUAUACAUUAUAUGGUCAGUCCCUACUAUCUCCUUGAUCUGAACUGUUUUUUGUUUUUUUGUUUUCUACUGACAUUACCUAUAGACUUCAAUGAGGUGGAUUGGAAGGCACUUGCCAGCACUGUGCCGGCUAUGUUUGCUUUGACAUUCUUUGGAAUUCUCCACGUGCCAAUAAACGUUCCAGCAUUAGGAGUUUCCACUGGGGAGGAUAAUGUUGACGUUAACCGCGAGCUCGUUGCACAUGGAAUUUCCAAUGCAAUGUCGGGCUUCGCUGGUAGUAUCCAAAACUACCUUGUUUAUACUAAUAGUAUUUUGUUUAUUCGGAGUGGAGGUGACAGUCGACUGGCUGGGGUCAUGCUUGCUAUCGGCACCUUUGGUAUUAUGGCUAUAGGUCCCACCGUAAUUGGAUACAUUCCAGUUAUGGUCGUUGGCGCACUUAUUUUUCUGCUUGGGAUUGAGCUUUUGCGGGAAGCACUAUAUGACACGUGGGGUAAACUCUCUGGGCUCGAAUACCUAACGGUACGCAACCUCAUCACCUACUCCCUCCACAACACGAAGUAUCAUACCGGUAUCGGUUGCUGACCAUUCCCCGAUUUUUAACACCAGAUUUGUACUAUCGUUGUUACCAUGGGAGCAUGGGACUUUGUUAUUGGUAUUCUGAUUGGCAUAGUUCUAGCCUGUAUGUCUUAUGUUGUCCAGACAUCCCAGAAGCCGGCAAUUCGUGCUAUAUAUUCCGGCGCUAUCGCCCGUUCAACCGUUCGGCGGCACCCUAAUCAGCAACGCUUCUUGCGGAAAGUUGGGCCCCAAAUACAGGUAUUCAAGCUUGCUGGAUACAUGUUCUUCGGCACAAUCGCCUCGGUUGAGAGUAAGAUAAGAAGUCUUUUGGAAGAAAAGAAUUUCCAGGAACAACCCAUUAGAUUCCUAAUCGUCGAUCUUUUACAUGUCAACGGAAUAGACUUCUCGGCGGCGGAAGCAUUCACUAGAAUGCGGAGGCUACUCUCGGCCAAGAAUGUGGAGAUGAUAUUGUCUAGCGUUCAAUCUGAGAGUGAAGUUGGUAGGGGGCUACGAGCUGUUGGUGUGUGGGGAGAUAAUGAUAAGAUCCAAGUCUUCCAAGACCUAAAUGCAGCACUCGAGGCCUGUGAAAACGAAUUCCUAACAGCCUUCUACUUUCACCGUGACGAGCUUGCCACGGUGAAACAUGCUCCCCCGACGCAUCUUGGUGAGACCCACUCUUUAACUAAGCAGACCAUCGGCCAGCACAGUUAACUGUAAUCAGAUGUCCCAAGCCGGAGCCCGAACGAUAUCCAUGGCAUUGAAGUAGCGUAUAGCUCCCCACGGCGGAAUCUCCUAAAGCUGGCGGCUGCGUCGACUCUCGGAGAAUCGGAAUUGGAACCCCAGCACUCAAAAUGGAAGAAUUUCAAACAGCCGCUCCCACUCAUCCUGCAAACAUUCCAGGAGAUGACGGACAAGAACGAAGAUUUCUGGUUCCAUGUGAUUCCCUUUUUCGUCCGGAGGGAAUUCGCUCAAGGGAGCGUCGUAUUCUCGAGAGGGGUAAGCAUCCCAGGGUAACGGCUUGGGGGUAUAGGAGUGCAGAUCUAACUCGCCUAGGACAAAUCCAAGGAAUUCUAUCUCUUGGAAGAAGGCAUGUUCCGAGCCGAAUAUGACCUGGAACAGGGUAAAUACUUCGAAAGCAUCGUCGCCGGUGAGCUUCUGUUACAUUGUUCAUCACAUCACUCCGUUAAGAGGGUCUGACAUAUAUGUCAAAACAGGGACGACCUGUGGAGAACUUCCCUUCUUCUCCGCAACAAAACGGACCGCCACAGUUAUCGCUGAAAAGAGGACAGUGGCCUGGGUGUUGAGCAAAAAAUCUUGGGAAUCCAUGAAAAAAGCGCAGCCAGAUAUUGCGAAGGAGCUCUUGGAGAUAGCUUUGAAACUAACGAGCGAGCGCAUGAGCGCAAUCACAAGGUAAUAUAUAUAUAUUCCUUGUCCUUAUCAACUACUCGAGUACGGUAGCCGCUCUCGCUUAUCAGAGGCGGAUCUUCCGAGUGUCCACUUUUGGUGCGACCACACGGCAACACCAUGCACCUUUGUCUUAACAUCACAUGAUAGCAAGAUAAGCUGAUGAUAGGAUCUCUUCUUAGCUAUGUCCUCACCAGUGCUGGUUGAUAACUACUGGUGCGAAUAAUUCAUAGGAAGUGUGCGAUUUAGAUCACGAUCUCUCGAUCUGAGCUGGUUUCUCGGGAUUUGCAGCCGGGGCAAAUGACGAAUAGGGGAGGGGGGAAGGUCCGGAAUCAGAAUAGAGAGGCAGGUCACAGAGACGUUUUCUAUUUCCAUUCUCGUAUGCCCUCAUGGUCAAAAAAAGCACCAAACUUUUUGUAGAUAUUACUGUAGUUCAGCCUUUUAAUGACACGUCAUAUUUUCUUACAUAAUAUACCAGUACAAGUACGGUAGAGUACGGUACUGUACGAGUACCAGUACUCGAGCACUUGUGUGCCGGUAUGUGCUUUUGUUUUCGGUUUCUCGUUGCAUUUGCAUGGCCAAGCCGAGGCAUUGUACUAGUACUAGUACUCGUAGGGUAACGGGGGUGGAUCGUAGGGCGGAAAAGUCUGGGAUGGAUGCGGUGCGACAUGGUCUAAGUAUCUUGUGCCAAAGGACAUGAAUCUCCACGAUUAUCGCUGGCAUUCAGGGCCCAUCUAGGAAUGCAGAGACGCGCACCCAGCCAUAAAAAAUAAAAAUAAAAUACCGGUAGGGGG